AUGUCUUCAUCAUUUCCCAAAUGAUUUUCAGCUCCAAAUUCAGGGAAUGUGAGCACCCGAGGUGGUGUGUGUUUGCACCACCUGUGUGUUCAACUUUUCUUUUUUUUACGUUAGUGUGUGUGUGUCCAUCUUUAAAACGCUUUGUGUCUGGCUGAAUAGAAGGAAGUGGCUCUGACUUCCCCAGGAAAUGAGAGAGGAAACCCGAAGUUCUGACCUCUCUGGGUGCAGCGGAGCCACAAGACGACUCACCGGACAGAACGAGGGAGGGAAGGGUGGAGGGUGGACAAAGAGAAGCAGAGAUAUACUGCUUCUCAUUGUGCCUCAUUCAGAAACUGGGAGAAGUUGAGUGUAUUUAGACCCCAGGAGCAGAGGCGGAGACGUGUGCUCUCGGGUUUUUCUAGAAGAUGACCCUGAUCAGAGCUCUGGCUGCUCUGCUCUGCUGCUGCUUAUCCUCCGCACAAAUGUUGGAUCCUGGUGGGAAGAACGUCUGCAAGGAUGUCAGGGUCCCGUCCACACACGUUUGUUGCACUGGGUGGCGUCAACAUGGAAAGGAGUGCACGAUACCCGUUUGUGAGGGGGAGCAGGCCUGUCUGAAGAAUGAGAUCUGUUUAUUUCCUGGAGUUUGUCGUUGUCCGGCUGGCUUCUAUGGAGCUCAGUGCAAAACACGGUGUCCCGGUGAGUUCUGGUCUUCAGACUGUCGUCAGGCGUGUCACUGCUUCCCACACGGCCGCUGUCAUCCUGAAACUGGCGAGUGCACCUGCAAUCCGUCCCGCUGGGGAUCGCUCUGCCAGAAUGCCUGCAAGUGCACUCGCAACGGCUACUGCCACCCCGUAGAUGGGAAUUGCACCUGCGAUGCAGGCUGGUGGACCUCCACCUGCUUCAAACCGUGCCAGUGCCUCUCUGAGGGAUCUGUAGGCCCCAGCUGUGAUCAGCUCACAGGCCAGUGUCACUGCCGCAGUGGAUUCUGGGGGAUGAAAUGUCCUUUCAGAUGCAGCUGCAACCAGUCUCCAUGUGAUCAGUGGACUGGUGAGUGUAAGUGUGAAGCAGGGUCGUGGGGACCCAGCUGUGACAGGAAGUGUAACUGUGACCUCACACACAGCAGCUGUGACCCCUCCACCGGUCAGUGCCUGUGCCACCCCGGGUACCAGGGCCUGUCAUGCAGUCAGCCCUGUGGACCUGGGAGGUAUGGCAGUGGGUGUAAAAUGAGCUGUGGGUACUGUCAGGACAAAAAGCCGUGCUCUGCCACCGACGGCACAUGCGAUGCCUGUGAGGCUGGCUGGAACGGGACGCGGUGUGACCGCUCCUGCCCUCCUGGUUUACAUGGUUACGGCUGCAAAGAAAGGUGUCCACGGUGCCGGAAUAAUGAACCCUGUGACAAAAGAACUGGGAAUUGUAGGAAGUGUGACGCUGGAUGGACUGGAGCCAGGUGUGAGAGGAUCUGCCCAGACAGGACGUAUGGAGACUCCUGCAGCUUCCUGUGUAGGCUUUGUGUCCAUGGUAACUGCCAUCAUGUGACAGGAAGAUGUGUCUGUCAACCAGGCUUUCAGGGGGAGAGCUGUAACAGUAGCUGCAGUGCCUCAAAGUUUGGACUGAACUGUUCCUCUGUUUGUGAAUGUGGGGAGGGGGUCCACUGCCAUCCAACCACUGGUGCCUGCCCCAACAGUGGUCGAAGUGCUGUCCUGGCGGGCGUCCUGGUUCCUUUGUUCCUGCUGCUUCUUGCUGUUCUGUGCUGCUGUUUGUGCUGUGGAGGGGGUCCUGCUGUGGGGAAAGACAGUGUGGCUGUUGCUGAUGGAGGAUGGCUGGUUCGGAUGAAAUAUCACGUCUACAGCGUCCUGGCAAACAUUGGUGCUGCUCUACCCUGUGCCUCUAACUGGUCCUCUGGACUGCCGCGGGUCACAGUAUCUCAUCAUGACCCGGAGCUGACCUUCAACCACAGCUUCAUUGAACCUCCUUCAUCAAACUGGGUGACUGAGGGGUCGUCCUUUGAAAGUGAUGAAGAGGAGGGAGAAGCUCUCUACUGUGUCCCGCCCAGAGAAGACAUCCCGGCUGUGGCGGGCGGGGAGUUCCAGGAGAUGAGCUCCAAGUGUAACAUGUUUUUGGACCCGUCAGGGUUCAGCACAGAGGACAUCGCCUCAACCUUCAACAUCCCUCGCACCUCCAGCAUCGCCAAGUCCAAACGCCCGUCCGUCUCGUUUGCAGAAGGCACUCGCUUCAGCCCAAAAGAGAGGCGGGGUUCCGGUCAGGACCCUGGCGGUCUUCCUCGUAGCAAAGCCAAGUCCCCCUGGGGAGCUCUGAUGCUUUCUACCCUCCAGGGGAGCCCACCUCAAACUGGAGAGGAGGACGAGGCAGAGGAUGAGGUGAGGGAAGGAGGUGUGGAGGUGCAACUUUCCAACAAUCAGGAGUCCAGCUGUGAGGCAGUGGACCUGGAAGUAGACAGAACCCCACCUCGAGCCUCUCUGCAGGUUCCUGGGCCGUCAGGGCGAAGGAGGACAAUGUCCAACACUGUGGCUCAAAAAGGGAGUCAGCUGCCGACCUCUGUCGUGGAGGACGGUUCCUCCCAGAAGGUCACCACAGUGUAUGUGACUCUGGCUAAAGCGGGCAAGAUCUUAACAAAGACAGAAUCCGGCUCUGAGGGCCGUGUUCAGGCCAUGCUCCGAAGACUCGGCAGCCUCCAGAGACACCGAGAGCAGGAGUCAGGCAAGCCCAAGUCAAAGGUGGUUGAAGGCAUCACUAAACCACCCAGAAGGAAGCUGGGAGCUCGGGUGACUCUGUGGGAGCAGAGAGGGCCGCCUGCAGGGGGGGCUGGUAUAGUGAAGCCAGCCAGGGGGAAGCAGUCUUCUCAGGACUCUGCUGAUCCACCUGGAACCGAUCCUUCCCCACCAGCAGGGGGGGGAACUCCACCGUCCGUUCUGAAGGUGGUGGCAGAAGUGGCACAAGCUGACUCCGGGUCGGAUUCUAGAACUGAGGAGGAGUCAGAACAGGGUGGGACUCAGACUGAGAGCAGCUACCAAACCGUGGGACCAGCAGGUGACGCCGCAGAGGUCAUAUCAGCGUUCCAUGUGGACUACGAACCCUGCUAUGAAAACGUCUUUAUCAAGCAGUCAUAACAUCUGGGAGAAAAGUGUCGGAGAAACAAGUCUUACUGUUCUGAAGCAGAAACUGCAGGAUGAAGUAGAAAACUAAAAAUGUCCAACUGAUGGUGCUUUUAUGAAAGUUAGCAAUUAUGUCGCACUUAUUCUACAAUUCAUACCUAAACACUAAAAACAUUUUUUUUCCAUUUGUUUCUGGUUUAAAGUCCCACUCCAACUAUAUUUUUUAUAUUGUAGACUAAUUCUCAGUAGUUUUAAAAUUAGGAUUAUGCAGCUUUUAGCUAAAAUCAAAAAGCAUGUGUCGCUUUUUUAAAGACAGACUUUCUGCAGCGCAGCAGGAGUUCAUCAGAAAUUUGCUUUGGGCUUUUGGGAUC